CAUUGAAAACGAAGAAGAGAAAAGCGGAGUCGGAAGACGAAGAAGAGUAAGUACUUCCCGGAAGUAGAAAUAUUCCUCCUCCAAGAUGGCGACAAUGAUCAUGAAACAACCACCGACCGGCGGAUUUAGUUUCGAAAACUGCAAAAGAAAUGCAGUUGUGGAAGGUUCACUGAACAACUCGGGAGGCAGUUUACCCGCUGCUCGAAAAACAGGAACUACCAUCUGUGGUGUUGUCUUCAAGGACGGCGUAGUGUUGGGAGCUGACACCAGAGCCACUGAGGGCAUGAUCGUGGCAGACAAGAACUGCUCCAAGAUCCACUACAUCUCCCCCAACAUCUACUGUUGCGGAGCAGGAACCGCUGCAGAUACAGAGAUGACCACUCAGAUCAUCUCCUCCAACCUGGAGCUGCACUCCCUCUCCACUGGCAGGUCGCCACGCGUGGCCACGGCCAACCGCAUGCUCAAACAGAUGCUCUUCAGGUAUCAGGGCUAUAUCGGGGCGGCUCUGGUUCUUGGUGGAGUGGACUGUAAUGGUCCUCACCUUUACAGCAUCUACCCUCACGGCUCUACUGACAAGCUGCCCUACGUCACCAUGGGUUCUGGGUCCCUGGCUGCUAUGGCAGUAUUUGAGGACCGCUACAAGCCCGACAUGGAGGAGGAAGCAGCCAAGCGGCUGGUUCGUGAUGCCAUCGCUGCAGGAAUCUUCAACGACCUGGGCUCCGGGAGCAACAUCGACCUGUGCGUCAUCUCCAAGGGGAAGGUGGACUACAUCCGGCCCCACGAUGAGGCCAACAAGAAGGGCGUCAGAACUGGUGACUACAAAUACACAAGAGGAACCACUGGUGUGCUGACGAAGGCCGUGAAGCCCCUGGACCUCGAGCUGCUGGUCGAGUCCGUGCAGACCAUGGACACGUCCUAAAGGACUUGACAGUACAAUUUGUCUGUUGAUGUAAUUCACUAUUCCAGUUCCUAACACAAAUGGCUUGCAUUUCCAUGAGCAUACAUGAAUACAUUAAAAGUGUUAAAUUUC